CCAACCAGCAUAAGACACCUCAGCAGAAGCCAUGCUUGUAUAUUGGAUUGAAGAAUGUCCAGACUAGAAUAAGAAAAGGUGAUAAAGGAAUUGUGAUAUUCGCUGGUGACGUUUCUCCUGUGGAUCUCAUAUGUCACCUUCCAGGUGUUUGUGAAGAAAAAGGGUUGCCGUACAUUUAUGUCCCAAGUCGUCGGGAUAUAGGAUCAGCCAUGGGCAAGAAGGGCGGAUCUCUUGUUGUUCUUAUUUUGCAUCAUUCUGAAUAUGACGAGUCCUAUAACAAGGUCACUGAAGACAUAAAGAAAAGUUCAAAGGCAUAUGAAAUAUAAAAGAUGUUAUAGUCAAUAUGUAAUAGUAGUUUGUAUUUGUUAAUGGUUGAAUGAUGUCUUAAAGGAAAACAAAAGACUAUAGGGUAUGGAUAAAGUAAAAGUGUGUUUAGAUGUGCUCCAGAUUUAAUGAGAAAAUGUUACUCUCUUGUUUUUCAAAUAAUUGCUGCAAAAGUGAUAGUAAAAGGAUUUCUUUGUUCAUUCAGCUCUUUCAGAUUAGCACAAGCUUUCUCUCUCUCUCUCUCUGGAAAAUUGUUUGUUUCAAAGAAUUUUGCAAAAUAACUAGCUCAUUCUCUCAGUAAAAUGAUUCUUGUAAAAUUGCACACUUUUGUUCAGUAAAAGGAUUUCUUUGUUCCUUUCAGUUAGUUCUUUCAGAUUAGCACACACUUUCUGUCACUCGCUAGAAAAUUGUGUUUCAAACAAUUUUGCAAAAUAACAUGCUCAUUCUCUCAAUAAAAUGAUUCUUGUAAAAUAGCACACUUUUGUUCUCAGUGAAAUGAUAUAGUACUGUGCUUUUGAACAAUUCUUGAAAGAAAGCUUGCUUCUCCCUGUCAGUGUAAUAUUAUUUGCUCUCAUUAAAUAAUUUUUUUUUCUUUUCUUUUUUUUUUUAGUCUUGGAGAUAGUUGUUCUAUCUCCCAUUAUGUAGUGGAAAUGAUCAUAAAGAUUAAAGCGUGUCCAGAAAACUGUACUUUAUUAUGAUUUUAUAUGUAUUUUUAAAAAAUUUGAAAAGAACCAAAAGUAUGAUUUUAUAUAUAUGUUAUAAAAGUCUGAAAAGACCCAUA